GCUUCUUUUGUUUUUCUGGUCAGGACCUUUAAGAGAGAAAAGACAAAAACAAGAAACGAAACGGCAAAAGCAAAGGCAGAGCAGAGAAGCGAGCCAAAGAAAGAAGGGAACUCUGAUUUUCUGUGAGAAAGGUGGCCUACGAAUCGUGCGGUGGAGGUGAUGGAGUUCAAGUCGUACAAGGACGACGCCUGGUACGACGUGCGCAUAGAGACGGAGAGCAACGGCGACAGUGGCGGCAAUGGCCGGAGACUGAGGGUCAAAUUCUCGGGGUUCGCUGACGAACACGACGAGGUCGUCGACGGCAAGGACUUGAAGUCGUUUAAAGAGGUCGACUUUUUGAGGUGCCGGUUCAGGCCCAUGUCGGUUCAGCUUCAGGACACAGAGUGUUCUCAGGUGCACAAGGGCAUGAGCGUCUGCGCCGCGCACUCUGCUUACCCCGAUGAUCGGCGCUUCUACGACGCCGUUGUGGACGGGGUGGUGCGUAAUGAGCAUCGAUUUGAAAAUGGCGAAGAGCAAUGCACAUGCAGCUUUAUCCUUUCAUGGAAGCACGGUCCUUAUUACGGGUCAUUGAGUGAACAGGCUCUUGAGAACAUUUGCAGAGUCCAGCCUCCUCUUGCUGUUGACAAAUUGGAUCCCCUGCUCGCCUCUUUUCUAAACUCAGCCAGGAAGAAGGUUCAAGCCACUGGCUUUUUUGAUUCAGGUGCAAGGUCUCAACGUUUAAAACAGGAAACAAAGCUUGCCAGGUCGACCUCAAGUCAUUUAAAAGGAGAUGACGUAGAUAUCGGAGGAGUUCCUCAUAUGAUAAUCAUUGACAAUCUUGAGAAGGGGAUAUCACCAUCAACCAUUAUGGAAUUUAUUCAUCACCACCUUUCAUUCCCAUGUCAAGCAUUUGUUUCGCCCAGUAGAGUUUUAGAGUCAUAUGCACGAGGAGCUAUCCUGUUGCACAGCAAACGGAACUUUGACAAAUUAUCUGCCUUUUUGGAGAAUCCAGAUCACAUCAUCAUUUCCUCAAGAGGAAGGCCUUGGUUAAUGACUGAAAAAACACCAGUACAUGACACACACAUGGCAUUGAUUGAAACCUUCAGGCUCACAUCUCGGAAUGUGCAACAGACUAGAAGAACUGGAACUUGCAAUGAAUUGAAGGUUGUCAAUUCUGGGACUGAAGAGUACAGUACGGCUAAGCAGCUAAAGGAUUUGUUCGAGAGACUUGCUAAUCAUAUUUGUAAGCUUCACCAGAGGUUAGUCAUUGAAGAGGGUAGGAUCUUACAGCUACCUGAUGAGGUGUAGAGGUGAAUUCAGAGCUUGUGAAUACUUUUUGUUAUGUUGUACAGAUGUGGCUAGCUGUGAGAAGGCUAUCAUAAUUGAUAUUUGCCCGCACGCAGAUUCCACGAAAAAGCUAAAUGUGACAAACAAAUGAGACACUUCUGACAUCUCAUACCUGUGUAGGCUGGGUCAAGGUACAUUGGAUAUACUGGACAUUUUGAUAUGUUAACAAGAAUAGGUUCAUCUUAAUGUAA